GUUUUUUAAUUAAUUUAUUUUUAAAGAUUUUUGUGGUGGUAUAUCUACAUUAUGACCUUUUAAACGAGGGGAUGACACUUUUAUAUAUAUAUUUUUGUUUUUAUUGUGUGAAAAGAAAAGGAGAAAUGAGAGCACGUGAACCGAAUUGACCAAUCGGAGGCCGCGCUCCGAGCAGGAGGGUAUAAGUAGCGGCUGGGUCGCGGGGAGAGCCGUUGGUCCGCCAUUAGAAGACUCGCUGGCGACAGUGUGUUUUUGGAUAAAUGUAGCGUAAAAAUAAAGCCAGUCGUUUGAUUUUUAGACUUUAUUUUGAAGUAAUUGUCGUAGACCUCCUGUACCCUGGGUGUAGAGACGUCAAGAUCCUCCGAAACGCUCAUGUUGCGCCGGAAAGAGGCGGAAAGUGUGGAGCAGGGCGAGGAUGUGUAAUGAGUGCUGAGCUGCCCAGCGUAUCUUCCCCAGCCUGCCUCUCUGCACCUACUGCACUCUGAAGCACGCUCCACCAUGUCCCACACCAUGCUCACCGCGAAGGGGAACCCGCCUCCCCCCGAGUAUAAGAACUCCAAAAAGCCGGGCCGCCUUACCAACCAGCUGCAGUACCUGGAGAAGGUGGUGAUUCGAGCUCUGUGGAGGCAUCACUUCUCCUGGCCCUUCAGACAGCCUGUGGAUGCUGUGCAGCUCAAUCUGCCUGAUUAUUACACAAUCAUUAAAAAUCCAAUGGACUUGAACACCAUCAAAAAGCGCCUGGAGAAUAAUUAUUAUUGGAAGGCAAUGGAGUGUAUUGAAGAUUUCAAUACAAUGUUCACAAACUGCUACGUGUACAAUCGGCCAGGAGAUGAUAUUGUGUUGAUGGCUCAAGCACUCGAGAAGCUGUUCCUGGAGAAAGUGUCAGAGAUGCCCCAGGAUGAGUGUGAGAUCACUGCAGUCACCAACAAGGCACCACUAAAGGGGAGGAGGAAGAUUCCUGCAGUGCUGGGGAAAAUGAGGCCGCAGUCUCCUGUAUCUGAAGUGGUCUUCCAGCAAACCGUGACGGUCAUCCCUUCUGAAGCUCUCCAUACCAUCCACUCUGCUCCACCUCUCUCUCUUCAACUUGAAUCUCAAUUGAAAAAGGGCGUGAAAAGAAAAGCAGACACCACGACCCCGACCGCCUCCACCAUCACAAGCAGCGAGUCGUCCCCGUGCGUCACAGAACCCAAGGUCCUGAAGUUGUUCUCUCGGCGAGGAAGUGGCAGGCCCAUCAAACCUCCCUGCAAAGACCUGCCUGAGUCCCCCCAGCAGCACCAGGUGGGCCGCAAGGUCAAACUCUCAGAGAGACUCAAGCACUGCAGCGGCAUCCUGAAAGAGCUGUUCUCCAAGAAACAUGGGAUGUACGCCUGGCCGUUCUACAAGCCUGUGGACGCCGAGAGGCUCGGCCUUCACGACUAUCACGACAUCAUCCGUGAACCCAUGGACUUGAGCACCAUUAAAAAAAAAAUGGACAACCGGGAAUACACAGACGCAUCACAGUUUGCUGCAGACAUCCGGCUCAUGUUCUCAAAUUGUUACAAAUACAACCCACCUACUCAUGAGGUUGUAGCUAUGGCCAGGAAACUCCAGGACGUUUUUGAGUCACAUUUUGCCAAGAUCCCAGAUGAGCCGAGGACUUUGAGUCAGGGCCAGCCCCCUGUUCCCAAAAGAGGGAAGAAGGAGAGAGCGGACAGCCCGUCCAGCUCUGAGAGCAGCGACACAGAGUCCUCUAUAUCAGAAAGCUCAUCCGACUCUGAGGAAGAUGAAGAGGAGAGAGCAAAACGCCUGGCAACUUUGGAGGAGCAGCUAAAAGCAGUGCGGGAACAGCUGCAGUUACUGACACAAACGCCGUUAUUGAAGCCGAAGAAGAAAGAGAAGUCGAAAAAGGAGAAAAAGAAAAAAAAGGACAAGAGGAAGGGCGGUGAAGUGAAGAAAGGAGUUCCAUCAAAAGUGCAAAAGAAGGCCAAAAACAGCAAGCCAUCAGGGCGGCAUAAAGAAGGAGGGUUCGAGUGUGAAGAGGAAGUACCUGCUCUGCCCAUGUCCUACGAAGACAAGCGACGCCUGAGUCUGGACAUCAACAAGCUCCCCGGUGACAAACUGGGCAAAGUGGUAAACAUCAUCAAGGCUAGAGAGCCCACUCUUAGAGACACAGACCCAGAAGAGAUCGAGAUCGACUUUGAGAUGCUGAAGCCCUCUACACUUCAGGCACUGCAGAACUUCGUCAUGACAUGCCUCAGAAAGAGGCCUAAGAAGCUUGGCGUGAAAAAGCCUCAAAAGCAUAAGCCGGAGAAGAAGAAGGAGACAGAGAAACAGCCUGGCGUUGACGAGCCAAGCUCGACCAAGUCACACAAGUCAAAGGGUGAGGCAGCAGAGUCUAAGGAUCUGACCCGGCCUUCCCGCCUCAGCGACAGCAGCAGCAGCAGCAGCAGCAGCUCUGACUCCAGCUCAGACAGCAGUAGUUCUGACUCUAGCUCUUCUGAUAGCAGUGACUCUGACUCAGAGCAGAAAGCUAAGAAGAAGCAAAACAAAGUCCCUGGGCGUGGCAACAAGAGUAAAAAUAAGGCAUCGAAGCGGAGUGGACACCCUGAGCUGAAGGAGCCUUGCCGGAUGCGGCUUUCGUCCGGGCAGCCCGUGCCCUCGGCAGCGGACUCCAAAGAGCCGUCUGCACAGACGGAGACGGAGCGGGUCGCCAUGCCACCCGCCGAGGAGGCUCUGCCAGCACCGCCAGCCCUGCACAGCCGGCUGCCUCCUCAGCCCUCCAGACCCAGUGCCAAAGCAGCUCCUCUGAUUCGCAAGACCUGGACGGCCCCCCUGCUUCCACUUUCCCUCACUUUGCCUUCAGAACAGGACCCCCAUCAUCCUCAUCCUCCUCCAUCUCCCAUUCCCUUCCCCAACAGCCUCAUUACAGGCUCCCCUAAACCCUCCCCGCCCACUGUCUGCCCACAUCCAUCUGCUUCUCCCACUCCCACUCAGCCCCAGAGCGCAGCAGAGCCCCUGUUCACAUGCCCGUCCCCGGGACCCCCUCUCCCCACUUCACAGGAUCCCCCGGCAGCCUCCCCCCUCCCUGCCGCCUCAGAGAAGCCUGUGCUGAAAGCUCAGCAGGAAGGGUUCCCCACCCUUCUUUCUCCGCUCUCCACUCCUCCCGGGCUGCCCCCCACGGACCCCGCCCCAUCUGGCGCAAAAUCACAGCUCAUCGUCAAGAAUGAGCAGUGUCCUGGGCGGUCCCCCCCAGCCCGUGUGAGGGAAGAGCAGGGAGCUCCAGACGCAGUGAGAGAGUCCUCGGCUCAGCUGCACAAACCGCCUGGCUCUAAAGCUGCAGAAGGAGGUGAACUCUGCAAACCCAGCCAAGACCCCAAAUCCAGUGCUCAGAAAACGGAUAUCGUUCUGAAGAAUGCAGACUCCUGGGCAAGCCUGGGCAAGAUGGCCACUCUCACUCCCUCCACCAUCCGGUCCUCCAAGGAGAGUUUCCAGCAAUUCCGCAAAGCUGCCAUGGAGAAGGAGGAGCGAGAGCGGGCGCGCAAACUCCAGACUGAGGCAGGGAAAGAGAAAGAGAAGAGCACUUCAGACAAAAGCAGCGUGACGCAGCAGCUCACAAAGCCCAAGCUGGAGAGCCAGGCUUCCAAAGCAGAAGUGGAAUCUGCAGAACUUCCUAUUAUGGCAGCUAUCUUAGACCCCCCAAAAACCCCAGAGUCCCCCAGUCCUGCUCAGAGCUCUGUGGACCGCGAGCGAGAAAUGGCCCGUAAGAGAGAGCAGGAGAGACGCAGACGAGAAGCUAUGUCUGGAAUCAUAGAUAUGACCAUGCAGAGCGACAUCAUGGCGACCUUCGAGAAGAACCUGGACUGAACUUGAUUUGUUAUUGUAAAAAAAAGAAAAGAAAAAAAGAAGAAUUGUUGUUGGUAUUUAAGAAAAAAAGCUAGAAAAGCUACUUCGUGUGAUAUGCUAACAUGGUGGCCUGUGUGCUGUCCUCUUCCUGAGAUGUUCAGUGAGUCCUGGUGACUGAAACGGGUUUCAAGUGCUUUGUUAGGGGCAAAAUCGUACAAUAUGGUAACCUCAUUUUACUUUAGCACAUUUGUACUGAAGUGAUAUUCGAUACGUCGAGUACAGAAAAACUGAAGAGAUUCAGAUGUGGGUGGAGCUAGAUGCACUUUUUAUUUCUUAAUUCAGUUUUCAUUUUGUCGGUUUGUCCCUGCCCCCUCUUUUUGGGUUGUGGUUCGGGUUCUGGUUCUGACUCAGGUCUGAAAUGCACGUUUGCUGCUUUAUUUGUGGAGGGGCAGGCUGAAACGCUUGGUGUAUGAAGGCUAAUAUGAAGGAGAAUAGCGGUUGCCCCCUCAUGUGCACACUUCCCACCUUUCAUUAUUAUUAUUUUUUUUUAUAUAUAUUGAGUAACUUUGUGUUUUCUACUUUUUGUACUUCUUUUGUUAUAUACAUGUCAUUUGGCACAUUCCAUGAAUAUGUCCCCUGAUGGAUGUAUGAUGUAUGUGGUGGUUUUGCACUAGGGUGUUUGCAGUCGUAUUUCUCUUCAUACAGCAAGUUACACAGAAAAAUGUUUUUUUUUUUUUUUUUUUUUUUUUAUUGUCCUAUUUAUCAAUGUUAUUUUUGUUUCUUUGUUUCUGUAGUACCGGUACUGUUGUAAUAUCUGCAUUUAUAUUGUGUAAUAUAAAUAUUAUCAUUAUUGUUAUUCAGAAGACAGAUGUUAUAGUUUUGCCAAAUGUCAAUCAGCGUUUUCAACAAAGCAGAUUUACUUUUCCACUUACAUCUUCUUGGAAGAACAGUGCCAUUACCUUGUAAAUCCGGAGAGACUGGGAACAAUGGGGUGCCUAAACUUCUUCUUGAGCGACUUCUGGCCAGCGCUGAGCUUCACUCAGGCCCAGGGGCUGGGCUCAGAGGACGCAGUGCAGCACUGAACAUGUCAUGGUCAAUUCUGCAGUGCUUUUCCUUCUACACUCAGUCACUUACACACACCACACACAUACACACACACACACUUCACCACGCAAGCACUUUACUAUCCCAGUGGAACUAAGGGAAACAAGACUGUGUUAUUUGAAAGUUAAGCUAGAUCAAUAAAUAAAUAAUAAAUAUUUUCAUUUAAA